AUGGAAAUGGUUAAAACAAUAUUGAUAUUAUUAUUGUUCAUUUCAUCUACCCAUUUAGGAACAACGACAACAACCACAAACCUAUUCCGAGAAUACAUAGGUGCUGAUUCCAACAACGUUAAAUUCUCAGAUGUUCCUAUCAACCCAGGUGUCCAAUUCCAUUUCAUUCUCUCCUUCGGUAUCGACUACGACACCUCGUCUUCUCCUUCUCCCACCAAUGGAAACUUCAACAUCUUUUGGGACACUGAUAACCUUAGCCCCUCGCAAGUUUCUUCCAUCAAAAACCAAUAUUCAAAUGUCAAGGUAGCUCUCAGUCUUGGAGGUGACAGUGUUGAUGGUGGCUACGCUUAUUUCGAUCCAUCUUCGGUGGAUUCAUGGCUCUCUAAUGCAGUUUCUUCACUCACCAAAAUAAUCAAAGAGUACAACUUGGACGGAAUUGACAUCGACUACGAGCAUUUCAAAGCAGAUCCUGAUACCUUUGCAGAGUGCAUCGGAAGGUUAAUCCAAAGUCUUAAAACAAACGGAGUCAUAAGUUUUGCUUCGAUUGCUCCUUUUGACGAUGAUCAAGUUCAGAGUCAUUACUUGGCCUUAUGGAAGAGUUACGGACAUGUUAUAGAUUAUGUUAAUUUCCAAUUUUAUGCAUACGAUAAAGGCACAACCGUGUCUCAAUUUAUGGAUUACUUCAAUAAGCAGAGUUCAAAUUAUAAUGGUGGAAAGGUGUUGGUGAGUUUCAUUAGUGAUGGAAGCGGUGGAUUGUCUCCGAGUGAUGGAUUUUUUAAGGCAUGUGAAAGGCUAAAGAGUGAGCAGAAACUUCAUGGUAUCUUUGUGUGGUCUGCUGAUGACUCUAUGGGAAAUGGUUUUCGCUUUGAGAAGCAGUCGCAGAGGCUCUUGGCUAUCCACUAG